AUGGGUUUUAAAUGGAAUCCCUUCUCUAAAAGCAAAGAGCCCAAAGAGCCUCUUCCUUUAGAGCAAUAUGAAGCAGCUGACCAGAAAAAGCUGUUUGGCAUGGUCAGCAAGCAAGAGGCUAAGCUCCUCGCCAUUGCAGGAACCGGAUUCUUGUUGGAUAGUUAUGAUUUGUUCAUUAUCAACUUGGUAACUCCAAUUAUUUCCUACUUGUACUGGGGUGGUUUGGAAGGCCAUGAAGAUUACCCAUCAGGAAUUCGUGGCCUUGUAAAUGCUGGUACAAACAUCGGAAACAUUUUGGGGCAGCUUCUUUUCGGGUUUUUGGGUGACUUCUUUGGCCGUCAAUUCGUCUAUGGUAAGGAAAUGAUGGUCGUUAUCAUCGCUACGAUUCUUUUGAUCAGUCUUCCCGACCGUCUUCCUACUCCCCUUGACAAGUCCAUGUGGCUUUUCACUUUCCGUGUGGUACUCGGUAUUGGUAUUGGUGGUGAUUAUCCCAUGUCUGCUUCCAUCACGUCCGAACAGUCUUUGGUUCACCGCCGUGGUGCUUUGCUUGCUUGGAUUUUCUCAAACCAAGGAUGGGGUACCCUUAUCGGUUGUAUCGCUACUCUAGUCAUUCUCGCGUGCUAUAGAACGUCUUUAGAAGUGCAUAAUAAUUACCACAAAUUAGAUGGUGUUUGGCGUAUUCAGUUCGGCAUCGCCUUGCUUCCCGCUUUUCUUGUUUUGAUUCCUCGAAUGAGAAUGAAAGAAUCUAAACAAUUUAAAGAUUCAAAGAAUGUUCAUGCCGUUAGUGAAGAAGAAAGUAAUUCUCAAAUGGAUGAUUUAAAGAAAAACCCAGAAAAACUUACUCCCACAGAGUUGGCUCAACCCGAGGAUGCUGCAAAACCAACCGAAAAGAGAUCUGGUUCAGUACAAGUUGAACCUCGCGAUAAUUCUUCCAUGACUUCUAAAGAGCCUCCUUCUGAUAAAACGGAACAACAGGAUCAGGAACAAAUUAAGACAGGGUCCACUUUUAUUGCCUACUUCUCCGAGUGGAGACACUUGAGAUUGUUGCUUGGUGCAGCUAUCUCUUGGUUCCUUUUGGACAUUGCAUUUUAUGGUGUCAAUCUGAACCAGUCUGUCAUUCUCAAUGAGAUGGGUUUUAACAGCGGAAAAAACCAGUACAGGAAAUUACAGAAGAAUGCUAUUGGUAAUCUGAUUAUAGCAAUCGCUGGUUAUGUUCCUGGAUACUGGGUGAGUGUAUUUUUAAUUGAAAGAAUGGGCCGUAAAUGGAUUCAAAUCCAGGGUUUUGCUAUUUGCUCUCUUUUGUUUGCUGUACUUGCUGGAAAAUGGCACACCAUCUCCACUGCUGGAAGGUUCGUUUGCAUUGCUCUCGCCCAAUUUUUCUUCAAUUUUGGACCAAACACAACUUCAUUUGUCUAUCCAGCUGAAGUGUUCCCUUCAAGAGUUCGUGCUUUCUCUCAUGGAAUCUGUGCUGCCUGUGGUAAAGCUGGUGCAAUUCUUUCGGGUCUAUUAUUUAAUAAGUUAACUGAAGUAAUUGGUUUCGACAGGGUGUUGUGGAUAUUCUUUGCCUGUAUGAUUUUAGGUAUAAUUUUCAGUUUACUUUUGCCCGAAACUGCUGGUCGCGAUGCAGACUUGAUUGAUCGCCUUGAAAUUGCUGCUUUACAAGAAGGAAAGCAUUCCAUUAUUGACCGGUCCGAAAAAUGGGCUUGGUGGAAACAUGGGAUAUAA